UGUUCUGGGGGCGGAACCUGGGGAUUUGAAAACGUCGUGCUGGGGGCUCCCCAUUUUGGGGCCAGACACGGAGGUUUUGGCAGCGCCGCUUUGGGGCUGAGCACGGGGGCUGGGAUUCAGGCUGCCCAUCUCGGGUUUAAGCCCAAAUGCCCAUCUCGGUGCCUCCCCGCUCCCCAUUUUGGGGCAGAACCCCUCUGCCGCUUCCCUGGGGCUCCGCCGCCGCCCGUCCCUGUGGGUGACGGGGGGGGACCCAUCGGUACGUCCCUGUCCUCGGGGAGCCCGAAACCGCCCCGCUUGCGUCAGGUAUCGGGGGCGGCUCCCGGCCCGCCCGGGGCGCGGCGUGGCACACCCGGACUUUGCUCCCGGCCCUGCCGUGCGCCUCCGGAGCGGCCCCCCCUUCCUCCUCCUCCUCCUCCCCCCCCCAGGGCUGGGGGCAAUAACCCGAGCGUGUCCCCUCUGUCUGUGUCCCCGCAGCUGGCGCUGGGCCACGCGGACGGGAAGGGCGGCGGGAAGCCCAACAUGCUGCGGGGCCGCAACUCGGCCACCUCCGCCGACGAGCAGCCCCACAUCGGCAACUACCGCCUGCUGAAAACCAUCGGCAAGGGCAACUUCGCCAAGGUCAAGCUGGCCCGGCACGUCCUGACCGGCAAGGAGGUUGCUGUGAAGAUCAUCGACAAGACACAGCUCAACUCCUCCAGCCUGCAGAAGCUUUUUCGGGAAGUGCGAAUAAUGAAGGUCCUGAACCACCCCAACAUAGUGAAGCUCUUUGAGGUGAUUGAGACAGAGAAGACUCUCUACCUCGUGAUGGAGUACGCCAGCGGGGGCGAAGUCUUUGACUACCUGGUGGCUCAUGGGCGCAUGAAGGAGAAGGAGGCCCGGGCCAAGUUCCGACAGAUAGUGUCUGCUGUGCAGUACUGUCACCAGAAGUUCAUUGUACAUAGAGACCUGAAGGCGGAGAACCUGCUGCUGGACGCCGACAUGAACAUCAAAAUUGCUGAUUUCGGGUUCAGCAACGAGUUCACCUUCGGGAACAAGCUGGACACCUUCUGUGGGUCCCCACCCUAUGCUGCCCCCGAACUUUUCCAGGGCAAAAAGUACGACGGCCCCGAGGUCGACGUCUGGAGCCUGGGCGUCAUCCUCUACACCCUGGUCAGCGGUUCCCUGCCCUUUGAUGGGCAAAACCUCAAGGAGCUGAGGGAGCGGGUGCUGCGGGGCAAGUACCGGAUCCCCUUCUACAUGUCGACCGAUUGUGAGAACCUGCUGAAGAAGUUCCUCAUCCUCAACCCCACCAAGCGGGGUACCUUGGAGCAAAUCAUGAAGGACCGCUGGAUGAACGUGGGCCACGAGGACGACGAGCUGAAGCCCUACAUGGAGCCCGUGCCAGACUACAAAGACCCCCGGCGGACAGAGCUGAUGGUGUCCAUGGGGUACACGCGGGAGGAGAUCCAGGAGUCGCUGGUGGGGCAGAAGUACAAUGAGGUGAUGGCCACCUACCUGCUGCUGGACCACAAGAGCUCAGAGCUGGACGAGAACCUGCCGCUGAAGCCGCGGGCGGCCCCGGACGUGGCCAACAGCUCGGCACCUUCCCCUGCGCACAAAGUGCAGCGCAGCGUCUCCGCCAACCCCAAGCGCCGCGUCAGCGACCAGGCCGGACUGUCCAUCCCCACCUCCUCAUCCUACUCGAAGAAGACGCAGGCGGCCAACGCUGAGAACAAGCGGGUGGCCGAGGAGGAGGGCGGGCGGCGAGCGGGCAGCACCGCCAAGGUGCCCCCCAGCCCCCUGCCUGGGCUGGAGCGCAACAAGGGCACCCCCUCGCCCUCCACGAACAGCGUGCUCUCCACCGGCACCACGCGCAGCCGCAACUCCCCGCUGCUCGACCGUGCCAGCCUGGGCCCCAGCUCACUGCAGAACGGCAAGGACAGCUUACCUGCCCCAGGCUGCAGACCCUCUCCCGCCGCCCCCCCAGCCCCAGCAGCACCCCCACGGCCCCGGCAGCACCCGAAAAGCAGCGCGGCCCCCAGCGACGCCAACUGCGAGGGGCCCCGACCCAGCGCGGCCCCGGCGCGGGUGCCAGUGGCUUCUCCGUCGGCGCACAACAUCAGCCAGGGGCUGUGCGAGCGGCCCAGCUUCCCCCGCGGCGUCUCCAGCCGCAGCACCUUCCACGCUGGGCAGCUGCGGCAGGCACGUGACCAGGCCCCGCUGCCCUACGCCGUGCCCCCCGCCUCGCCCUCGGGCGCCAGCCAGGGCCGCCGCGGGCCGUCCGCGCCCCCGGUGGGAGUGGAGAAGGAGCGGGAGGAGGCGCGGGAGGCGAAGCCGCGCUCGCUGCGCUUCACCUGGAGCAUGAAGACGACGAGCGCGCUGGAGCCGGGCGAGAUGAUGCGCGAGAUCCGCAAGGUGCUGGACGCCAACAGCUGCCGCUGCGAGCUGCAGGAGCGCUUCGUGCUGCUCUGCGCCCACGGCGCGCCGGGCCACGACUCCUUCGUGCAGUGGGAGAUGGAGGUGUGCAAGCUGCCCCGCCUCUCGCUCAACGGCGUCCGCUUCAAGCGCAUCGCCGGCACCUCCAUGGCCUUCAAGAACAUCGCCUCCAAGGUGGCCAACGAGCUGAAGCUGUGAGCCGCAGCCGUGACCCCGGCGGCCCCCGGGACGGGGGACCCUGUGAGGACGGAGGUGGGGCCCCGGCCCCUGCAGGAGCUGCGGGGAUGGACCUGGGCGCCCGCACGGACCCGGGGACGACUCGGGACCCCCAGGGACGUGGGGACAGAGCCAGGAACCGGCGGGGACGACCCGGGGGCGCCCCCGGAGACGACUCGGGCCUCCCGGGGACUGCGGGGACCCGGGCCCGGGAGCUGCGGGGACGAGCUGGGCCCCGCAGGGACACGGUGACAUCUGGCUGGCCUGGGGGGGGAGAUUCUGGAUGGCCCAGGGCCGUGGGGCCGACCCAGAGCCUUACGGGGAUGUGGGGGCAUCCUCGGUCUCCCGGGCCCUCGGGGGUGGCCUUGGUGGCCUUACGGAGGCACGGGGACAGCCCGAGCGUCCCCUGACGCCCUGUGGGGGGGACACCCCACUGCCUUGCAGGGACAUCGGGACCCCCUGUGUCCCAGGUACGGCCCGGAGCCUUAUGGGGAUGCGGGGACAUCGCGGGCCUCACGGGGCAUCGGGGGCUGUCCUGGAGGACCCAGAGCCGCGGGGCGGGGACACGGGGAAUCUCGUCACGCCCUGCGGGGACGCCCCGGCGGCUCUGGGGCCGUCCUGUGGCCUUAUGGGGACGUGGGGACACUCCCGGGGCUGUGGGCGCGGCUCCAGGAGGGUGAUGCGGGGCCGCCCCCCGCCCCUCACUCAGGAAGGGUCCUGCCCUGCUGGGGGGGACGGCGGGGAGCUCGGCUGCGGCCGGGGCCGCCCCCACCCCACCCCACCCUGGGGGGGGGGGGAGGUGUCGCUCCCUUUGACCUGCUGAACUUCCCCUCCCCCCCCCUCCCCCAGGCCCGUCGUGCAUCGGGGGGGGAGGGGGGGGCGGGGUGCUGACUUCAUCGUGGGAGGCACCCACGGGUGCUGCUGCCCGGGGGGCUGUGGAGGGGCGGCGUAGCCGCCCACGGCCCCUCCCCCCGGCUGGCGCUCGCUGUAGAUUUUCCAGGUUCUAGAUUAAAACCUUUCCAGAAAGAA